UCUCUACCUUCUUCCGGCCAGUUGUGUCAUUUUUUGACACAAGCGAGUAAGCGACCCCCUCUUAUAAAAGUGCACAUAUUGACGACCUUUUCCCGGCCGAUACAAUUUUUGAAUUUUCUUUGCCCAUACCACAAUCUCUCCCUGUAAUCACCUCAUUUUUCAUAGUGUUCUGAACGUGAGUUACAGUACAAAAUUCUCUUGGUUCUCUACUUCUCUCUAUAUUCAGCAGAAUUCCACUACAGUAAGCCCCAGAAAACCGUGAUUUCUUCUCUUAAUUCAUCAAUGGCUGAUUCCGAAUCUACUUCUCCCACGGAUUCCUCCAAGAAAGAGAAUUUUGCUCCAACAAAAUCUACUAAAAUUGCGGAGUUGAAUGAAUCGAGGACAGAAUUAUUUGGUAGGAUACAGGGCUUGAAACAGGAAUUACAAAAUUGGAGGUCCAAGUUAGAUAAUCAAGUUCAGAGUCAUCGAAAUGAGCUGGUAGAACUCAGGAAAUCUCUGAAUGUUGAAGUGGAUCAACUGCGAUCAGAAUUUCAAGAACUGAGGACAACGCUGCAGCAGCAACAGGAGGAUGUGACUGCAAGUUUAAGAAAUUUGGGGCUGCAGGAUCCCUCAAAGGAUGCUGAAACAUUUACCCCUAUUCCCAUGGACGCUGUAACCGUUGCAGGUCAUGAAGUUAAUGAUGGUGGUAAUAAUGCUACAGCUAAUGAAUCUGGAACUACUGUUAAUGGAAAUGGAGGCAAUAUUAAUAAUGCUACAGAUGUGCACCUUCCCUCAACAGAGAUUAGUGGAGUGGAUAUCGAGCAUUAAAUCAAGUUACGCUCAAGCGUGUGGUUGUAUUUGUAUGAGCUCCGAAGGUGAUAUAAGUAUUCUUGAUAGCAUGUGUUCUACGUUUUUCUUUCAUAGUGGCAAUUUGGUGUGCCACGCCAUAUCAGUAGUAUAUGAAAGCUUGUUCGUCUCUAGUUACAAUCUUUGCAGAUUUAUGGUGACACUAUAGCUUUUAGCUCUAUGGAGUGUGUAGUAUUGUAGUAUUAUCCUUUAGUACAAAUGCACGACCAGACUUUUUUAUAUGCUUUUGUAGGGCAGUUAUAAAACUCAAAUUACUUGGAUCUAAUUAUUUUAUUUGAUCUCUGUUAUUUCAUUGCCAA